AUGGCGGGGACCCGAUCAGAGCAUUACGAUAAUCUGAAGAAGCAGCAAGAAAAGUCGACAACCAACAACGCUGGCAGUAACAAUAAUAAUCACGUGCGUGUCGGUUACAGCAGCAAUUCGGUGGUUCCGCUGAAACCGAAACCUCGCUCGGAUCAACAGGUUCCGGAAACGCAAUCGGCACAGGCUCCUCCACCGCCACCACACACGGGGGGCGGCACUGCCAAUAGCGGCAGCGGAGCUUCAUCGUCCGCCACGCUCGUGACGAUCGAGCUUCCGUGGAAUCCGAUCAUCAAAGCCGGAGCCCAGUCUCCAGCGGCCGCAUCGACCGCACCGACUUCGCUUUCGUCACUACCGGCCCAGCACCAGCAACGCUCUUCCCCGGCUCAACCGACAACCCCACUGCGUCCUGUGACGAGUGGUACGACGACGAUCGUUCUGACCGGGAGCGGAACGGUUCCACCGGCCACGAGCAGCGAUCGGUCGCUGAAGUGCCUCGAAACGCUAGCCGAAAAGGCGGGCAUCACUUUUGACGAUCAGUACGAUUUCCUACCCACCGGCACGCUGGAGAAGUCCCAGAGCCCGGCCCAGGUGGCCCAGCAGACGUCGGUGCCGCUGCAACUGUCCCAGGAGCAGCUGUUCCAGUACCAGCAGCUCCAGGCGUACGGGGGCACGAUCCAGGUGAAACAGGAGUACAACCCGGGCCCGACCGGGCAACCGACCGAUCACCAGGCCCAGCAGCAGCACCAGCAGCAGCAGCACCAACAGCAGCAAGCGGUCCAGCAGCAGCAACAACAGCAGCAGCAGCAAGCGGCAGCCGCCGUCCAGCAGAUGCAAGUGCUGGCCGAGGCAAGCGGAGUGGCUACGCCACAGAGUCCGCACCAUGCGCAAACGCUACAGCAGCAGGCCGCCGCCCAGCAGCAACAGUCGGCAGCGGCGGCCGCCGCUGCCCUCAACACGAUGUCCCCGCUGCAAGCGAUGACCACCGGGCAGCAGCUUUCGUCCGCCGACUGGCAACACGGCCGGAUGGUCGUCCAGCAACCGAUCUCGAAUGCGCAGUACCUGCAGCAACUGUACGGCACGCAACCGAUCGUGUUCCCACCGCUCGGUGGCCAGCAGCAGUUCCAGCUGAUCACGGCCUCGAAGCCGUUCCAAGGCACACCGCAAAUGCUGACCACGACCACGGGCAAGCAGGUGAUCGGUACGACCGGUGCCGGUAACUUCAACAGCCCGGCGUCCUUUACCUUCUUCUCGCCCCUGAGCGUCGUGAAUUCGCAGCCGCAAGCGCAAACGCAAAACCUGCUGCCGGCACUGAGUGCGCAAACAGCCGUAGCAACUGCCGGCGGAGCGGGUACCAAAACCACCACACAGGCGGACGCUCAGAAGCAGCUACAGAAUGCGGUGGCCGCGGCAGCCGCUGCCGGAACGGGCGCCGGCCAGAAGGUGCAACUACAGAAGCUGGGCACGGGCCUCGCGGGAAUGGCCGGAGCUGCCGGUCAGCAAAACAUUGCCACCCUGACACAGCAGCAAGCGGCAGCGGCCGGUGCCGCUGCAGCCGCCGGGCAGCAGUGUGUCCAGGUGUCGCAGUCUCCCAUGCAGACGGCCCAACUGUUGAGCCCACUGCAGCAGCAGGGCGCACAGCAGAUGCAAUUCUCGACCCAGUGGCCACUGCAGAGUCAGAUCUGGUCCACACCGAACGGGUUUGUCGCGUCGAACCCGAUCAUCAUCCGGGGCACCAAUCCGGACGGUACGCCGAACGUAUUCAUACAGAGCACCCAGCAGACGUUGCAGCAAGCUCCGCAAACUCACAAUCAAGCACUUACACUGCCAUGCACCACCAUCGGUCAACCGCAGCCACAGCAACAACAGCAACAACAGCAGCAAGUGCAGCAGGGACCAACGGCUGGCGGCGCUCAGAACACAGGUCAACCGAACGUUCAGGGCGGGCAAGCGGGUCAGCUCACGGUCGGAGCGGGUGGAGCCCCCGGGAUGGGAGCCGCUGGGUUGACGGUUACUUCACUGCCAAACCAGAAAGCUCUCACCACGGCACUCGGGGCACCGAAGACACCCCAACGGCCCCAGCUACUGCCGCAGGGGGCGUCCCCCAUCCGGCCCUCGGUGUCGACGCAGACGGCUCAAGCGCAGCAGAAUCUGCUCAACAAGAACAAGCUGCGCACCACCAAGCAACCGCUCGUACGGCCUGCCGGGCCCAUUAUCAAGACGGAGCUGGCCGCCAAUGUGUCGACGGGUCAGAAGCUGGGACAAACCACCAACCAAGGCACGGUGACCGCCCAGCCACAGCUGCAACAGGUGGUUACCAGCAGUGGAAAGAUGGUCUUGAUGAAUACCGGUGCGGCACUGAAUCCUGCCGUGCUUAACAUGCCCAUACUGAGCGAUGCCGGCAAGCAGCAGCAGCACCAGCAGUUGCAGCUACAGCAACAAAUCAAAACAGCUCAGCAACAGCAACAGAAUGCCAACCAGCAGCCGCAACACAUUUUGCUCCAUCAGCAGCAGGCCAUGCUACAACAGCAAGUGAUGCAGCAACAGCAAGUGCAACAGCACCAAGCACAACAGGCUGCCCAGCAGCAGAUGCAGCAGCUGCAGCAACAAUUCCUUCAGCAAGCGGCCGCAGCUGGCCAAGCGAAUCAAACGACAGCCCAACUGCUGUCCAACGCGGCCCAGCAAGGCCAGCUGGUGCAGGCAACAGCCGCCGGUGGACAGCAACAGAACAACAUCGUCCACCAGCUGCUGUUCCAGCAGGGCCAGCCCAAUCAACCGGGGAUGAUGAUCAACGUGUCGUCCGAUGCGUUGUUGCAGCAGCAACAACAACAACAACAGCAGCAACAGCAGCAACAACAACAACAACAGCAACAACAGCAGCAACAGCAGCAACAGCAACAGCAGCAGCAGCAACAGCAACAGCAACAGCAGCAGCAGAAUGCCACUCUACAACAAAUGGCGGCUGCCGGUCAGCAGACGGGCGGAGCCAAGGGUCAAAUGAUCAUGACGGCAGCGCUCGGUCAGCCCGGCGGUGACCGUACAACGAUUGUUUCGCAGAGUGGUCAAACGCUACAUCUGGAUCGUAACAUGCUGCCGGUGUCGAUCGCCAGCAUGGCCGGUAAUCCGAUCGUGGUCACCAGCAACGGUACCACCAUCUCGCCCAUCCAUCAGGCCAACCAAAGCAACAACGCCGGCGGUGCCCUGCAUGCCGGGCAUCACUCACAGAUUCUCGUCUCCUCGAUGCCCAGCUCCGUACACCACCAAGGACAGAAUCCGAUCGUGGCCAUGACAUCGCUUUCUGCCGGCCCGAUGCCGGUGGCGUCGAUCAUCAGCUCCGGUGCGAUCCCUUCGAUCUCGUCGAGCGCCACAACGACGACCGCUUCGCUCGGUGUUGGCGGCCAUCCGCAAGCGACGCUCAUUUCGUCCGCCGGGGUUACCACAAACACCGGUGCCGGCGGCGGCGGUGUGUUGAAGGACAACGACACGAAGGCGAUCAGUGUGGCGAUGCACCAGCUGCAGCAGCUGUCCACGCCUCAGAAACAGCUGCAACAGCAGCAGCUACUGGAUAGCAUGAACGCGGCAAACAUGCAGAACGCAUAUGCCUCGGCCAUCGGUUCGCCGAUGACCGGGGCACCGGCAGGGGGCGGCGCGAUGAUUGGGGGUACCAUUAUCCCCGUGUCGGCUGCUGGCGCUGGCACGAUGGCGGCACUGAUGACGUCGACGCAGGGAGGAAAAGUUUUCACCUCGAUGGCAUCGAUUGGCGGUGGGUCGCAGCAGACCCAUCACGUGUCCACGGCAGGAGGGGCCUCCUCGGGUGGUAAACUGGGCAUGUUCCAAUCACCAACGGCACAGCAGACUGCUCAGGCCAUUAACGCAGCUGCUGCUGCUGCCGCGGAUUCGAAGGAUAAGACAGCGACCAGUGACGCGGCCAGUAGUGGAAAAGAUUCCGACACCGCGAUGUCGGCAGCUGCUGCGGCGACGGACGGUACUUCCGAUGCGCAAUUAAAUGGCUCCACGGCGAUGGAUAGCUCAGCGACACCGAACGGCGGCGGAAGCGGUAUGCUGGUGGCGACGGGUGGUCUUCCACCACCGAGCGGUGGAACGGUGGCAAUAUCGACGUCAGCGGCCUCGCUGGUGCCACCGUCGUCCUUCUCUUCGCUCCCGGGAGUGGCCACCUUGAGCAACGUGUCGGGUACGGCACCGGGUUCGUCGCUUGCCGCAGAUCAGCUGAAGGAAGGUGCAGUGGCAACGUCGGUCAGUUCCUCGGUAGCCACGGCAACCACCGGGAGCAUUCCGGUCAGUUCGUCAACAACUAUGACGAGCGGCGCUGGAUCGACCGCGAUCGCUACCGUCACGGGAACGUUGGCCGUUCCGGUGAGCAAUAUCGGUGCUAACGGUGUCCUGUCGACCGGUGGUGCCAUCGCAACCAGCGGUAGCACCGCAUCUUCGACCGCCACCAGCACGACAUCCUCCGUGACGACGCAAUCGAGUUCCUCCUCGCAAGGAUUGCCACCGCCGGCGCCGCCGAAAGCCGGUACCACCACGGACAAGGGAGGCAUCCCGAAGGCCACCAUCAAACCGAACGUCCUGACGCACGUCAUCGAGGGCUACGUGAUACAGGAAGCGAACGAACCGUUUGCCGUACAGCGCCAGCGCUAUCCGGAACGUGACAGUUCCGAUGAACCAGCGAAAAAACGUUCCACAAACGAAUCGAACUCGCCACUGGCCUCAUUGAAUGCUGCAACCACCGGUGGUAGCCCAACCAUGGCUGCCGGUGCGGACACCGCCAACUGUGAAGUGUGCGGUAAGCAGGAACUGCGCAACAAAAUGAAACGGAAACGUUUCUGCAGCGUGUCCUGUGCCCGUUCGGCCAAGCAGAACUCAACGGAACGGAUCUCGACACCACCGGUGCAGAACGGGAAUGCCGCUGUUCCGAUGGUGGUCGACCCACCGCCAGUGAUGAACGGAGGCCUAACGCUUCCUGGGCCGCCGGCUGCAUCGGUCGAUACGGUUGGGAUGACUGGUCCACAGUUGGCCAUGUUGAACACAGCACAGCCCAUGGUGCGGCUCGAUAUGUUGAAGGAUUCGCUGCUGCUACAGCAGCAGCAACAAUCUGCCCUGCUAACGACGAGUAGUGUCGGCGCGAUGGCGACCACUCCGCCAGUGGGCGGAAUGCUGCUGGCCGAUGUGUCCACUGCAGCGGGGACAACAACGCCAACACCGACCGGAUUGGCUGCAGCGGCCGCUGCAGCCGCCGCCGCCAACGCCGAAGAAGGGUCCUCCAUUCUGCGCUGGACCGUGCAGGACGUGUACGAGUUUAUCCGCGGGUUGCCCAAUUGCGCUGACUACGCCGAGGAGUUUGUGAACCAGGAAAUCGACGGCCAGGCGCUGCUGCUGCUCAAGGAGAACCAUCUCAUGAGCACGAUGGACAUGAAGCUUGGGCCGGCGCUCAAGAUUGUGGCCCGGGUGAAUCUGAUGAAGACGACCAUUGCCGGACCGGACGGACAGCAACCGGUCGUUUAAUGUCCACCACCGUGUAUCGAUAAGGUGUACAUAGAUAGCGCAGCGUAGCGAAAGAGAAUAUUGUUGUGUGUAGGGCUAUUAUUAUUAUCAUUAUUUGUGCGAACAAAAUGGCCUCUCUUUUUCCCGGAUCUGAGGACCGCCCGGCACACGUAGGUUAUUUAUUAUCUUAUGCUUAAUCGUUAUUAACCCACAGCAAGUGGGUUGUCGGCGGGAACUGAAAGUGCGUGCGGUAGUGCGCCGGCCGAUUGUUGGGGAGGGGACACCUCGUGAUCGACUCACGACAAUAUAUUCGCUGUAAGAUAUCUGGGGGUGGGAGAGAACACAGCCCUGCGUUGGUGUGUUGUCGCAAGAUUUCUCUCAUUUAAAAGUAGGCCGCAGCAACAGGACGCAGGAUUCUAGGGAACACAACACACGCGUCAAUGCGAAUGACCACAGAAACGCGGCGAAGGUCUUCAAACAGAAACAUAUUGUAAAAAGCGUUUCUGUUGAUGCCAGGGAAAAUGUUCAUUUGUUUAGUGCAACUAUUUUAGUCACGCUAUUUGAUAAAAGAAAGUAAUCGCGUAAAAGCUGAACCAGCGAACGGAUGAGAAGCGUGUGUGGCAGGCUCUUCUGCUAUGUAAAUAAUAGGUCGUAAGAGAGGAGUACUCUUCAAGGAACUGAAACAAAUAGUAGUAGUGCGCCAGUGGAGGUAACCCCAAACGCUUGAAGAGCGUAACUCUGAACAAGCAAUGGUAUGCUUGUUCCUUGUCAUGUACAAUAUAGUUGGUAAGUGAAAUCGUAAAAUGCAAAUUAAUAUAAGCCUCAUACACCAGCGGAACACGCGAGCGAACGAGAACUCAAAACUUGUUCGUUGCAAACUAAAACCGAAAGAAACUCAGUGUCUUCUUUCGUUUGUAGUGCAUUUAUGUAUGACAAAGUGGACAUCAGUGGCAGCCUGGCGAGGACAUUUUUAGUGUGCAAAUAUUAGGCCAGCUGGUGGCGGGGGAAGCGUUUUAGUUCAAUGCGAAACCGAACGUGUUUUUUCUGCCGUU